AUGUGAGGCUGAUGUGCAGUAUUGAGGUUCUUAGAGGGUUUCCUUCUGAGAGGCACUGUGCGUGGAGAACAGAGCUGACAGGCCUCGGCUGUAAUCUCAGCUCUUCUUCAUCCUAGCUGUGACUGUAAGGCCACAAAUCAUGGCGGCCGCGGCGGGGGCUCCUGGGCUCUCCAAGCUGCAGUUCGCCCCCUUCAACAGUGCCUUGGAUGUGGGCUUCUGGCAUGAGUUGACCCAGAAGAAGCUGAACGAGUAUCGGCUGGAUGAAGCUCCCAAGGACAUUAAGGGUUAUUACUACAAUGGGGACUCUGCUGGGCUGCCAGCUCGCUUAACAUUGGAGUACAGUGCUUUUGACAUGGGUGCUCCCACGCCAGCCCACUGCUGCCCGGCCGUCGGCACACUGUAUAACACCAACACACUCGAGGCAUUCAAGGCUGCAGAUAAGAAGCUCCUUUUGGAACAAGCCGCAAAUGAGAUAUGGGAAGCCAUCAACUCGGGCGCUGCUCUCGAAAACCCUGUCCUCCUCAACAAGUUCCUUCUCUUAACAUUUGCCGAUCUGAAGAAGUACCACUUCUACUAUUGGUUUUGCUGCCCUGCGCUCUGCCUGCCAGAGAGCUUACCCCUCAUCGAGGGGCCUGUAGGCUUGCAGCAGAGGUUUUCGCCAAAACAGAUUCAAGCCCUGGAGCAUGCAUAUGAUGAUCUUUGUCAAAAAGAAGGGGUCUCAGCCCUACCUUACUUCUUAGUCAAGUAUGAUGACAACGGGGUGCAGGUUUCCUUGCUUAAACACUACAGCGAUUUCUUCCAAGGUCAAAGGACAAAGAUAACAAUCGGUGUAUAUGAUCCCUGUAACCUAGCCCAGUACCCUGGAUGGCCUCUGAGGAAUUUUCUGGUCCUUGCAGCCCACAGAUGGAGUAGCAGUUUCCAGUCUGUUGAAGUCCUCUGCUUCCGGGACCGCACCAUGCAGGGCGUGAGAGAAGUGGCUCACAGCAUCAUCUUCGAAGUGAAGCUUCCAGAAAUGGCAUUUAGCCCAGAUUGUCCCAAGGCGGUCGGUUGGGAAAAGAACCAGAAAGGAGGCAUGGGGCCGAGGAUGGUGAACCUCAGCGAGUGCAUGGACCCGAAAAGGCUAGCUGAGUCAUCAGUGGAUCUAAAUCUCAAACUGAUGUGCUGGAGAUUGGUCCCCACUUUGGACCUAGACAGGGUCGUGUCUGCCAAGUGUCUGCUGCUCGGAGCUGGCACCCUGGGCUGCAACGUGGCUCGGACCCUGAUGAUUAGCCAUUUAAACUGUGUAGCUUCCAGGAAGCCAAAAGGCUGGGGCGUCAGACACAUCACUUUUGUGGACAAUGCCAAGAUCUCCUACUCCAAUCCCGUGAGGCAGCCUCUCUAUGAAUUUGAAGAUUGCCUCGCGGGUGGGAAACCCAAGGCUCUGGCUGCGGCAGACCGGCUUCAGAAAAUAUUCCCCGGAGUGAACGCCAAAGGAUUCAACAUGAGCAUCCCCAUGCCCGGACACCCAGUGAACUUCUCCAGUGUCACCCUGGAGCAAGCCCGCAGGGACGUGGAGCAGCUGCAGCAGCUGAUCGAAAGCCAUGAUGUCGUCUUUCUGCUGAUGGACACCCGGGAGAGCCGGUGGCUGCCGGCUGUCAUUGCGGCCAGCAAGAGAAAGCUAGUCAUCAAUGCCGCCUUAGGCUUUGACACCUUCGUGGUCAUGAGACAUGGCCUGAAGAAACCUAAACAGCAGGAGGCUGGGGACUUGUGCUCUAACCACCCUGUGGCACCUGCUGACCUCCUGGGCUCUUCUCUUUUUGCCAACAUCCCUGGCUACAAGCUUGGCUGCUAUUUCUGCAAUGAUGUGGUGGCCCCAGGAGAUUCCACCAGAGACCGGACCUUAGACCAGCAGUGCACUGUGAGCCGCCCAGGACUGGCCAUGAUCGCAGGGGCCUUGGCGGUGGAAUUGAUGGUUUCCGUUUUGCAGCAUCCAGAAGGGGGCUACGCCGUGGCCAGCAGCAGUGAUGACCGCAUGAAUGAGCCUCCCACCUCUCUGGGGCUUGUGCCCCACCAGAUCCGGGGAUUUCUGUCACGGUUUGAUAAUGUCCUUCCUGUCAGCCUGGCAUUUGACAAAUGUACAGCUUGUUCUUCCAAAGUUCUCGAUCAAUAUGAACGAGAAGGAUUUAAUUUCCUAGCGAAGGUGUUUAACUCUUCACAUUCCUUCUUAGAAGACUUAACUGGACUUACAUUGCUGCAUCAAGAGACUCAGGCUGCUGAGAUCUGGGACAUGAGCGACGAUGAGACCGUCUGACGUGCCCCUUCUCCCUGCUGAGGCGCCGUGUUCGGAGCAGGACUGGGGACCCCGGGCCCGCACCCCCGCCCUUUCCGCUCCCUGUACCUUGAAGACUGGCGCCCUCCCUCCGCUGCCCUGGAGCUUCGGGUGUUCUCCAUUUCCCGUGAUCCUGCUGGUUCUGAGCUAAAUAAUAACCUUGGCUUUGGCAUGGCCGUUGGUCUGGGCCCUGGCCGCCUCCAUCGCGGUGCUUUGUUCUGGUUGUCGCAGCAUUUAGUAGUCAGGUUCCCAGACCUGUCACGCCACAGCCCCCAGGGGUGUCAGUGAGGACAGGCAGGAGCCUGCACACCCCCCGGGAGCCUUCCGGGACCAGCCCCUCACUGUGGCCUGUUGGAGAGGGAGGGAAGUGCGUGGAGCAGGACAGAGGGGACCACACUCGUCCCAGUGGACCCAGAGCAGCUGGCCAGUGGGCCCCCGGCAGCUCCACCUCCCACUCAGGGGAGCUUUCUGCUGCUGCUCUUCCCGAUGGACUCGCCAAGGACGGGUCUCACGGCCGGAUUCCGGCCCAGAGAAGACCACUCGCGGGUGGUCACACUCCUGCGACCCUGUGAGGAUGUUCCUCCCCCGCUGAGCCUCUGUCAGGUGCUGACCACAGCGCGGGGCAGCGAGGCCUGCUGGCAUCUGCGGCCGGGCGUCUCUCCACAGCCCGCCCUGUGAAGGUGGGGGAGCCCCAUGCUCUCCUCCCACUUCCAUUUAUUCUUGUAGCGUCAUCUCACCCGUCAGAGUGAGGCGGAAGUCAGUGUUCACUCACCAGGAGGCUCUUGGGAGAGUGGGGUUUCCACGCUGCCAUUUUGUGUGCUGCUUCUCGCAGAGCUAAAACUGAGUUUCCGGCUGGUGUGUGGGGUCAGGGCCGCCACGCCCAACCCCCUCCCUGGGCGCUGCGACCCCGGAGGCAGAGGGUCACACACGUGUGGUUUAAGAGCACUUUAUUAUUGUUCUUAAGGCUACUUUUAAGUACAAAAAAAAGAUGGCCUGCCAAACCUUUUUUUUCUUCUUCUUCCAGGAAAAACAGGCCACAGAGAAUGGUAUAUUACAGAUGUACAGACACGGAGCGCGCUCAGGAAGCACCGCGGGCGGCGGGCUCUGUGGAGAGGCUCCCUGGGUGCCUCUGGGGGCGUCCUUCCCCGGGGAAGGGCCCGUCCCGCCCCCCACCUGCCCGAGCUUUCUGGGCCGCCUAUCCCAGAUAGGCCGGCGCCCGCGCCC